AUGGGUUAUACUCCUUUGCAUUGCCUGGUCAUGAAAGAAACCGAUCGUGUUCUUUUGACUAGGUUUCUCAAUGCUUUCCCUGAUUGUAUCCAUGAUCAUGUGGCAGAAAUAACGAAUAACUUCAAGAACAGGGAUGACGAAACUAUGUUGCACAUAGCAGUGUCGAACGACCAACCAGAGCCAGAGAUUAUGAGGCUGUUAACAGAUCUUAGGAUCGACAUUACAGCUAAGAAUUCGAAGAGUUCAACAGCUUUGGAUAUCUUAAAAGACCGAACUCAAGGAGACAGUAUCAAUAUCAAGAAGUGUGUGAACAUUUUACGCCAUCCUUGGGGUCUGAAGGCAUCGUCUCGCAAAAUACCAUGGUUUAUUCUUCAACUGCUUAGUCAAUGGGGAUACGAAAUUAAACAUAUGUCAGCUGACAGGGGCAACGCUUUGCUAGUAGUAACAGUACUGAUUCUUACAGCCACUUAUCAAUCCACCCUAAGCCCCCCUGGUGGUGUUCUUCAGGCCAAUGCCGAAUCCAACGACCAGAAAUUUUCGGGAUUGCAAAUUUACUUAGGUUCCAAAAACACCAGUCAUCAUUGGUUUAUUCUCGUUCGUUCUGAUGCUAUCUCUGUCGAUGCUACUCUUUUGCCUCCUGGAUUCUGCACUGAUUAUCGUAGCACCAAAUGA